AAAUGUAAAAUAUUAAAAAUCAAGUUGUACAUAAAUAAAAAUAUAUAGACCAAAAUUAAAAAAGAAAAAAAAAGAGAUUCUAUUUUCUCCUUUAUUUUCCACGUAUUUUGUUGUCCUUGUUAUACGCACUCUUUUUCUUCUUCUUCGUCUAUGUCUGUACCUCCCCAUUUCUCUGAACAUUUCUUCUAUCACUCCCUUCUUUUUCGAUAAAUAGACAAAUGCUUCUCUUCAUCUUCAUCAGUCUUUUAAUUUCUUAACCGCCAUUGAUCUCUCGAUUCUUCUCAGACACCACACUGGACUGGACUGAUCGAGGACUUUUUCGUUGAGAUUAUCUUGUGUUGAACAUGCUUCCUGGAGAGCAAUCCAACAAAAACAGAUGAUCUUGGUAGAUAUUUUUUGGUCUUCCAAACAAGUUUCCAGGGCCAAAGUUCAAUGAUCUGGUUCUGACAGCAUAUAUGAUGAUAACAGUCUUUCACAAUGAAGAUGCCAGUGGCAAAGCUCAACACAGGUGGUACUCCAGAUGCAAAGAAAAAAGUAGAUCAGGUGAACAAUUCGCUUGAUUCUUUCAUUAGGCAAGCUAUGGGAAAGAAACCCCUACCAAGAACGGGGAUAGGUCCUGUUCAGUGGACGCAGUGGCUUCAUUCUAUUGAUCAGCCAGGUGUUACUGGAUGGUCUUUAUUGAAUUCUUCAAACCUUAAGAUGCAGAAGUGUGAGAAGUGUUCCAAGGAAUUUUGUUCACCUAUUAAUCACCGAAGACAUAUACGUCUGCACCGUAGAUCCUCAAAUUCUGAUAAGGAGUCUCGGAAAUACAGGGAUUUUUUGGGAGCCUUUUGGGACAAGCUCUCGGCGGACGAGGUUAAGGAAGUUGUAUCAUUGCAAGAUAUUUCGCUAAAGGAAAUUUCGGGAUCUGCACUUGUUCAGGCCUUGACAACAGCUUUGGGUAAACCAGCCAUUUGGUUUCUUCCUCGUGUUUAUAUAAAGGCUGGUUCAAAGUUGUUGGAAGUCAUCCAAGCUAAACCUUCCAGGCUUCCAGUGACCUCAGACGAAUUAUUUAGCAUCCUUGAUGAUGCUAGUGAGAGGACAUUCUUAUGCGCUGGCACAGCUGAGUCGGUGGAAAAAAAAGUUUUUGACGGGGAAGCUCACAAAAUUGGUUUCGACUCAAAGAAUCUAGUUGCUUGCACUAGCUUCCUUUUUGAACAGAAGCUGGUUAAAGCAUGCGGUGAUGACAAAAAUGCUGAAGCCUUGAGAUGCCCAAGGUUGCUUUUUGAGGAGGAAGAAUCUGCUAAAAAAAAGCAAGCUGAGCUACUGGAGAGGAAAAAAGUGAAAAAGCUUCGACAGAAGGAACAGAAAGCAAGCGAGCAAUUAAAUGAGGAAAAAGGAAAUCUGGAGGUACCAGCUGAUUGUUUUGAGGUCCCAUUGGCAGAAAUUCAUAGCGUUUCAGGACAGUCUGACUCCAAUUCUGAUAUUACUGAUGUAUCUCUGGACGUCUCCGCCUGUCUUAAACUGGUUCAGUUAUCCAGCAAUGAAGAUAGGAGCAUUGAAUCCCAAUGUGAUUUCUCUCACCAACACCUGGAUUUGGUAGAAGUCAGAUUGUUGAACCCCAAGCAGUGUCUGCCAAUAGUGAAUGGAAACAUGUGCUAUUAGAGAGGAAAAAAGUGAAAAAGCUUCGAAAAAAGGAACAGAAAGCAAGGGAGCAAUCAAAUGAGGAAAAAGGAAAUCUGGAGGUACCAGCUGAUUGUUUUGAGGUUCCAUUGGCAGAAGUACAUAGUGUUCCAGGACCAUCUCACUCCAAUUAUGAUAACCCUGAUGUAUCUCUGAACGUCUCCACC